CAGCCGCUCCUGACCUUAGCCCUCUUCGACCUUCACGAUGUUCCCCUCCAAGGCCCUCCUCUCCCUCUGCCUCCUCGCCACCGCUGCUGCCGCGUCCCCCGUCAAGCGCGACAACAAGUCGACGCUCUCGUUCGCGACCCGCUUCAAGCAGCUCGACCAGGGCAAGACCAUCGCUGAAGUCGACCGGGCUCGCGCUGCUGCUCUCCAGGGCGGCGCCAAGAGCAAGCGCGACGGCAACGUGUCUGUCACCAACGCUCAGGUAACUUACACCGCCAGCGUCGGUGUCGGCUCCCCUGCGACCCAGUACACCCUCCUGAUUGACACCGGCUCGUCCAACACCUGGGUCGGUGCUGACAAGAAGUACUCGCCCUCGUCGUCAGCCAAGGACACCGGGAACACCGUCCAGGUAUCCUACGGUUCCGGCUCCUUCUCCGGUGAGGAGUACACCGACACCGUCACCCUCGGCGACGGCCUCGUCAUCAAGAGCCAGUCCAUUGGUGUCGCCUCGUCCGCGCAGGGCUUCUCUGGCGUCGACGGUAUCCUCGGUAUCGGCCCCGUCGCCCUCACUUCGGGCACCGUCUCCGGCACCGACUCCGUCCCCACCGUGACCGACAACCUCGCCAAGGCUGGCACCAUCUCGACCGAGUCGAUCGGUAUCUACUACGCCCCCGCCGCUGGCUCCGACACCGGAGGAGAGCUCUCCUUCGGCGGCCCGGACAGCAGCAAGACCACCGGUGACGUCGCUUACGUCCCCAUCACCUCGACCUCGCCCGCGUCGCAAUACUGGGGCAUCGACCAGUCGAUCUCCUACGGCUCGACCUCGAUCCUCGACAAGACCGCCGGCAUCGUCGACACCGGCACCACCCUCGUCCUGAUUGCCUCGGACGCGUUCCAGGCGUACCAGAAGGCCACCGGCGCCACCGCCGACUCGACGACCGGUCUCCUCAAGGUGACGAGCGCCCAGUACAGCAAGCUCGAGGACCUGAACUUCGAGAUCGGCGGUACCAAGUACCCGCUGAGCGCGAACGGGCAGAUCUUCCCCCGCUCGCUCAACAGCGCGAUCGGCGGCGACGCCGACUCGAUCUACCUGAUUGUCUCGGACAUCGGUACGCAGUCCGGCCAGGGCCUCGACUUCAUCAACGGCUACGCGUUCCUCGAGCGCUACUACUCCGUUUACGACACCACCAACUCCCAGGUCGGCUUCGCGACCACCGCCAACACCGACGCCACCUCCAACUAA